AUGGAGUUCGAGAAAAGAAAAGUGGCGACGCUAGCGUCACUGCAGUCGGAGGAGACAGACAAAUCACCGAAAGGCACGGUGGACGUCCCCAUCAUACCUCUCCUCAACACCCUCAACAGCCACCCAAAUUACUUCACCACCAGUUCCUGCUCCGGCCGUAUCUCUAUCCUCUCCCAACCCCCACACCCAAAACUCAAGACCAAGAAGAAAGCCUUGGGCGGCACGUGGCUCUUCAUCACCCACGACCCGGCCGAUCCCGAUUCAGUCCUCAACCGCCUCUUCCGUUCCGAAUCAACUCGCAAAGACGAACAAGACAACCAAAACGAACUCGUUUUUAGAUUCGAGCCUCUUAUCAUAGCUGUUGAGUGCAAGGACUUGGCUUCGGCUCAGUCUUUGGUUUCAAAGGCAAUAGCUUGUGGGUUCAGAGAGUCUGGCAUUACAAAUUCGAGCAAACGCGUGAUUAUCGCGAUACGUUGCUCAAUACGAUUGGAAGUGCCGCUGGGGAGUAGUGACGAGAUUAUGGUAUCGCGCGAGUAUGUCAGGUUCCUUGUUGGGGUGGCAAACGAGAAAAUGGAGGCCAACAGGAAGCGGACUGAAGCAUUUUUCCUGGCUUUGCAGAGUGAGAGUGGGGGAUUUUUGGGACCGACCCCUGCGAAUGGUGGGACUGUAGCAGAUGGGGAGGCUGAGUUGGAAGCAAGAGAUGACAAUGCCCAUUCUGAUUCUGGGUCCGUGGAAGUUCCUGGUUGUAGUCUGUCUGUGGUUGAGAUGGCAAUUUCUGGUGAACCCGAAGAGAAUCUUUUCCUUUGGGGUCAUUCUGCUUGUGCAUUAGAAGCCAAAAACCAGAAUGGUGUUCUUGUGUUUGGUGGCUUUGGAGGCAUAGGAAGGCAUGGAAGAAGAAAUCAUUCUUGGCUGGUUGAUCCAUUUUCUGGCACUGUGAAAGCAAUUAAUGUAGAGAGCAGCCCGUCCCCACGAUUGGGUCACACAUCUUCUUUGGUCGGAGAUUGUGUGUUUGUUAUUGGAGGCAGGUCUGACCCUGAGAAAAUUUUGAGUGAUGUCUGGGUCCUCAAUACAUCAAAGAAUGAAUGGAAGUUCUUAGAAUGUUCUGGGGACGUAUUUCCUCCCAGGCAUCGGCAUGCUGCAGCAGUUGUAGGCUCAAAGAUAUAUGUUUUUGGUGGACUUAACAAUGAUAAAAUCACUUCUUCCUUGCAUGUCCUCGAUACAGAUAAUCUGCAGUGGAAAGAGUUGUUUGUCAGUGGGGAACAUCCAUGCGCCCGACAUUCUCACUCAAUGGUGGCAUGUGGAUCUCAACUAUAUAUCUUUGGAGGAUAUAAUGGUGAGCAAACACUUGGAGACUUGUACGUUUUUAAUAUCCAAACAUGUAAAUGGAAGAAGGAAAAGGCGGCUGGGAGAAGUCCGCAUGCAAGGUUCUCCCACUCAAUGUUUGUAUACAGGAAUUAUCUUGGAGUUAUUGGUGGUUGUCCAGUUAGACAACAUUGCCAAGAGUUGGCAAUACUUGACUUGAAGCAAAGUGUGUGGAGGCAUGCGAAUCUUGAAUCUACUAGUGAAGAUUUGUUUGUGCGCAGCACAGCUAAUAUUGUUGGUGAUGAUCUUGUUAUGAUUGGUGGUGGCGCAUCUUGUUAUGCAUUUGGAACAAAGUUUAGUAAGCCUAUGAAAAUCAACCUGCUUCCCCUGAUGAGUAUAGAUAAUAAUAUUAAACCAGUUGUUGGACAAAGGCAUGCUCACCAUUAUGAAAUGGUUAAUAGUGAGAAAAGUGGACGAUUCCAAGAUCCACAGGCUGAAGAUGCGCAAAGCUUAACUGAAGCUCUUGAUCUGAAUUUUGAGAGUGACUUUCCCGGGGAAAAUGGCAUAGGUCAGCAGGUAGAGUCAUAUUGGAUUCUACAACUCAAAAGAAAAUAUGCAAAAGUAGGCAAGGACAUAUUGAAAAAGUUUGGAUGGUUAGAUCUUGGAAGGAAGGUUUACUCCAGGAAAGGUGGUUCACAUAUUUGUUUUCCAGUAAACGGAAAAUUUUCAGGUGUAUUUAAAGAAAAUAAACGUCCUUUGACAGAUUUAUCUGAAGGAGAGAGUGAUCACUUUGUUAAACCAGUUAUCGGGGAAGAAUGUUUGUUGAAUGAGGUCACCUGUUCAAAAGCCUUGGACAUUCUAAAGGAAUGUGGUGCUACUAAGCUGGCAGAUGAAGUCCUUGAAGUCAGGAGAGCUGCCAAAUCUCCCUUGAAAGUAAUGAAUGAAGCUGUGGGCUCUCUGAUCAAGGAUAAAGGACUACCUGAAGAACUCUUAGAGGAGCUACCAGCAAGAUGGGAGCGACUUGGAGAUAUAGUUGUGCUUCCGGCAACAUCAUUCAAGAAUCCAUUAUGGGACUCAAUGCGGGAGGAGCUUUGGCCUGUUAUUGCCAAAUCAGUUAAUGCUCAUCGCCUUGCACGCCAAGGCCGAGUUGCAUCAAACGGUACAAGGGACAGUACUUUGGAGAUUCUUCUAGGAGAUAAUGGAUGGGUUGAUCAUCGUGAAAAUGGCAUUCUCUAUUCUUUUGAUGCUACUAAGUGUAUGUUCUCCUGGGGCAACCUUUCUGAGAAGCUUCGCAUGGCCUCUCUAAAUUGCAGAGAUGAGAUUGUUGUGGAUUUGUUUGCUGGAAUUGGUUAUUUUGUUCUGCCAUUUCUUGUCAGGGCCAAUGCGAAACUAGUUUAUGCUUGUGAAUGGAAUCCCCAUGCUGUUGAGGCACUGCGGCGAAAUGUGCAAGCCAAUUCAGUGAGUGAUCGGUGUAUCAUUCUUGAAGGAGAUAACCGGACAGUAGCACCUAAAGGAGUGGCUGAUCGGGUCUGUCUCGGUCUCAUUCCAACAAGUGAGGGUAGCUGGGUCACUGCUGUUAGGGCAUUAAGGAGUGAGGGCGGGCUGCUACAUGUGCAUGGUAAUGUCAAGGACUCGGAGGAGAGUUUAUGGACUAAACAUGUAUCAGAAUCAGUAGGUGAAAUUGCUAAAUCUGAAGGUCAUUGUUGGGAAGUUACAAUAGAACAUUUGGAGAGAGUGAAAUGGUAUGCCCCACAUAUCCGUCAUCUUGUUGCAGAUGUAAGAUGUAGACAGAGCCAGAGAUGA